AUGAACGAAAAAACCCAAGAAUUACCAAAAUCAUCUUCCAAAAAAGCCAAGGGAUUCAAACUGAAUCUAAAUCCUGUUGAAAAGCUGAAGAGUAAAAUAAGCUCUUCUUGAGAAUUACGGUGUGAAGAAAUCGAGCAUAAGAUGGAACACAUCUAUCAAAAUAUCAAAGAAUUUUCUGUUAUUUACAAUUGGUUUGCAAAUCAUCCUCUUGACUUGACCUCGUCGGAUUCUAUUUCAUUGAGAGAAAGGAUGAACAUAAUUAUGUCAAACAGAAAUCUUGAAAUUACCCAAGAAAACAGCCAUUACAAAUAAGGUCGUUCGGAAGGUUCAAGAUCUGGAAAAUUCCGCACAAGGUAUUGAACAUAUCAUGAAGAAACUACAGAGUUCCUCCCUCGAGGUAGAUGAAAAUUUAGAAACUAAGGUUAGCAUUAGUCAGUUUCAAAAGUUAUGUGAUCGGGUCACAGAACUUGAGGAAGCUCAAAUUUCUGAGACCUCCUCAGAAACCUCUUCUGAACAUCCUGAGCACUGUAAAGUUACUCACAAGGAACAAUUUUUCAGCCCUCGGUUGAAAAAUGACUCCAAAUGUGUCAGAUGUACUGAAAAGUACUAUUCUGCAAAAAUUGAGGAAAUAUGUAAAAAUAAAUGUACUCGCCAAGAAUUUAAUAAAGAAAUAAUGAAUGUGAAGCAAUUUUGAAAACAAAAUUUUCUAAAGAAUGCUAAAUACGAUCAAGAUUUAGACAAAAUUACCCAUAAAUUUGCUCACCUUCACGGGCUAGUGAAAGGAGUUGACCAACAACUCGAUAUAAAUUUGAGGAAAAUUUCUGAUCUUGAGCUUGGUCUCAAGACCAAGGCUAAUCAUCAGGAGUUUAGCACAAAAUUUGAUCAAAUGAGUUACAAACUUUCAGGGCUUCCUACGACUUAUGAAGUAGGGACUCUUCAGGACAAACUACUUCAAAAUUUAGAGGAUUUUCAGGCUAGGAUAACAAAGAUUAAGCACACAUCUCAAAGAAAUGAGGCCAUCAUCCUCCGGCUAGAUGAAGUCAUCAAUGAGAAAGCUUCUAAGGUAUGUAUCAGAGAGAUAGAGAAGCAACUAAUGGACGAAGUGGUGAAAUAUACUCCUCUUGUGAAGCAUCAAAAAUUGCAAGCCAACACCGAAUCUGUAUAUUCUUCCCUAUCCAAUCAACUCUGAGAGACGAAAAAUAGCAUUGUGAGUCUUAACAAAAUGGCAUCAGAAGAGAUCAAGAAGGCAGUACAUGAGAAUAUUAUCAAGAUCCGAGAAGAAGUCAAAAACCAGAUGUCAGAGACCCAUAAGAGCGAGAUCAGAAUUCUGAAAGACCUUGUGUCUAAAAGGCCAGAUCGGAACGAGUUCUUAAAAUUCUUGGGUACUAAGUCUGACAAAUCAGAUACAGAGAUCAAUAAGCAAGUAGGAGAUAUCCUGAAUAAGCAAAUUAGACAUCUGACCAUAAUCACUUUAGAACUUCUGAAGAAAAAUUUGGAUAAAUAUACUCUGAAGCAGGGCAGCCAAGAAAUGAUGAAUGAAAAGCAAGCAAAAAUAAUGUACAGACAGGGACUAAUGAUAGCUAAAUGGAUUAAUAGCUUUAGUUCCAAUCAAGCCACACAGGAUUUCUCUGUACCUGCUGAUCUGGAAGAGUUUUCUACUUAUGUUGACAGUUCAUUACAAGAUAUUAAUCAAUAUUUAUUCUCAACAACAAAGAAUCUAUUUAAUAAACCGAAGUCUAGGAGUAAGGAGGAACUCUUGAAGCUAUUGACAAGCAAGAAUACUCGUUGUAGGCAGCCUAAGGCUCAAAUGCAGAUAUCUCUUCAUGAAAUUUCUCAUUUAAGACCUACCUCAGUUAGAAAAACUCGUCUUGAAAACUCUCAUAACUCAAGUUAUUCCAAAGCUGAACUUGAGCCACACCAAAGAAGAAACAUUACUCCAGCCAAACUCAUCUCUCAAAAUCAUAAAAUCAUUAAAAGCAAACCGUACUCAAACAGCACAACCAAAUUUCCCCAAAGACUCUCUGUCUCCUACAGAAGAAUUAGAGGUAAUAGUUCAAAUAAGAAUAUUUUAUAAGCAAUUUCAACCAAA